ACUCAAACACACACACACCCAGACACGCAGAGCUGAACACAGCAAGUUUGACGGCAGACUGCAAACUUUAUCAGAAGAUGUUACUUAGCUUUAUGAUCCUCUUCUUCCUCUUGUCUCCAGCAACAUCUCUGCAGUGCUAUGUGUGCAGCUCCUCCACCACCAAUGAAGAAUGCAACCAGAACAGCCAGAAGUGUGGGCAGCCGCUCGACACCUGCAUGACCAUCGUGGACACUUUGGGUUACAUGAAAGCCAUCGUGAAGCAAUGUGCCAGCAGCUCCACAUGCAAGGGGGCAGCCUCCACCGCCUCAGUGGACGCAGACGGAAACGGAAACACCAUCAACUGCUGCAGCUACGACAUGUGCAACAUGAGCGCAGCGGACUCUGUUCACUCACACACGGCGCUGCUGCUGCUGACUGGAGGCGUUUUACUGCUGCUGACGCACUGAGGCCAACCAGAGGCUGGUCUAAACAAAUCAUGUAAAUACUGUAAAUCUAUGAAAAUGUAUUUUAUAUAUAUAAAUAUAUAUUCUAAGAUGUAUCACAAGUACAGGUGUAAAAAUUGUAAUGUAAAUCAUCCUUCAUGCCUUAUUUAUGACAAAGACACUCAUUAAAAUGUGAACAUGACAACAACAAAUUGCAAAUUGCAACUAAAUCAAA